ACUCUGAAUUUUCAGAACCACUGUUCAGUUGUUGUUUCUUGGUAUACAUCUACAACCCCAAUAAGAAGAACUGGUGAUUUAUUGCUACAUGGCACGGAAGUCAGUCGGACGCAAAUCUCUAUUCAGUUUAUAAAUGUUUGAAAUUAUAUUAAUUUGAGCAUUAUUUUUGGCGGGAGCAAAGUCUGUGUCGUUACACUUCACUUUAUUAGACAGGGGAUGUAGUGUACUGCUGAACACUAUUAAUAAAAAGUAAUCACUCGAGCUAUUGUUGACGCCCUUUUAAUUUUGGUUUAAUUGCGUAAGAUACGAAGUUUCAUCAUACUGUGAAAGCCAUGACGUCCAACUACGUUCAUGGUGGUGCAGGAAUCCAGAACAGUAUGCUUUCGUACACUUUGAAAAAUCUGUCACUCGGGUCCAAUCAACUUACUCAGAUGAAUGAUCCAACUAACUCGAUGUGUAUGACUCCACCGGCUACACAAAUGAAUUUUCUUCGUCCUAUUCCUGGUGCAUCUAGUGAGACUGUCUUCCCAAGCACACAUCGUCCAGCUUCUGGCCGCACGUUGGGGAUAGCGGAUUUCCUUUCGCUGAAUACCACUUCCACUAACAGACCCUCUGUGUUGUCUACUGUAUCUAUUUCGAAAGCAUCACCCGCCCCACAAAAUGGACAGUCGACGAGAGCUCCUGAAAGGGUGGCUUUAACAUCAAAAGCGGUAGUCCCGGGAAACCAUGGAUUUGCCAGCAUGUUCCGUCCCCGAGGUCCUGGUGUUUCUUCUUCCCGUGUCCUUUCCAACUUACCAGAUAGCCGGCAGAUCCCCUCAAACUCUGAGAUUUGUUCAUCCUUCUUCUCUAAUCGAUUCGGCGGCACAGCCAACGACAGUCUUACAACGGAUAGAAUAAAUCAUCCAACCGUCACUCACUCUAACUCACCUACAUCUGCAUUUGACAAUAUGUUGACCUCUCCACAUUCGUUUGAAAAUUUUCUACCACCGAAUUUAAGACAGCUAACACAGUCUGGACAAUCUCAUAUACAAAAUUCAUCAGGUUCCUCACUAAACUCCUGUCAAUCUGACGCUCCAUUGCCUCCCGAAAUGCGACCUGACACUCACCUCACCCCUUUCAGUGACUCCCAGUGUGUUCUUCCCAUUACUGCCUCUCAAUUCUAUUCCAGUCAUCAUUUUGAAAAUACUAAAAAACUCCAGGCCUCUGGUAGCCUUAAAGUCGCUCCUUGGAUUCUUGUCCCACCAGUUCCUGAGGGCACUGCAGCUCAUAUGAGAACAGGAAGAGUUCAUGAAGCUAAGCCAAACUUGUUCAACAACCCUGCAUUUGGUCCCAUCAUAAUUGAUGAUGACUUCAAGCACGCACUGCACAGUAAACUUCAAGCUUGCUUGUUCAUGGCUGAUGAGUCUAUAAAGGAAAAAUUACCUCGUAACCUGGGAGCUUACACUGAUCUCGUUCCUCUAGAAAUUUUAGAUCAACCAAGAGUAUCAGUUACAUUUGGCCUUCCUGGAGUCUGUUUUAAAGCAUGGUCUCCUCGAUUUAGUCGAUAUAUGCUUCUUCGACGCAUAAUUUUACCACCUGAUCAUGAAGCAGCUCUAUCAUCUGAUGCUUUUUAUUUAGCUAAACAACUAUCUGAUUUAAAUCAUUCUGCUAUUGUUGGAUUUCGGGAUGUAUUUUUCACUGAUGCAUUUGCUGAUAACUCGGUUAUCCUGGUUUAUGAAUACAUACCUUGUUCAUCAACUCUACAACAAAUUCAUAUGAGUGAUCCAUUGAAAUUAACUAGUUUUACUUCGCCUUUCAGUAUUGGUCGUACAGUGUUACCUCAUAGUGCCAUAAAAAGUGCUCCAUCUGAUCUCGGAAUGCCUCAUGAGUCUGUUAUGUGGUCAUAUUUAAUCCAAUUAACCAGUGGUUUGCGUUUUAUUCACCAAACAUUUCACCGAUCAUGUGGUAUACUGGAUCCUACUAAAGUGUUAUUACAAGAUGGACCGCGUUUGCGAAUCAAUUGUUUUGGUUUAAAGGAUAUUCUGUUCUACUCUGCACAAGAUACCAAUUUAGUAGAAAGUCAGGCAGCUGACUUUAUACAACUUGGCAAAUUAAUGAUAGGAGUUGCUUGUGGUACAGUUGCAGCUGUACAGGCUAGUCAACGGGCUUCUUCAUUCAACCUACUUCAGCGUGCAUAUCGACCAGAAUUAGUCACUCUUAUUCGAAGUUUAGUAUCAGGACAGAUAUCAGGAGCAGAUCAACUAAUGCGGGCUACUGCACCAUUUGCAUUCGAUCACUUAACAAGGUUAUAUGAUCAUUCAGAUCUCUUGGAAAGUCAAUUAUUAUUGGAACUGGAAUGUGACAGACUUUUCCGACUCAUCUGUAAACUUCAGUCUAUUGUGGAGCGUUGCGAUCAGGGUACUUCCCAGAAUGGUCUGAAACAGGUGAUCGUUAUAUGUUGAAAUUAUUUCGAGAUUUCGUAUUUCACCAAUCUGAUCCUCUUGGUGCUCCAUACUUAGAUCUUGCACAUAUUAUUACUACAUUGAACAAGGUUGAAGCUGCUUCACCCGAACGUCUUUGUCUAGUCAGCCGUGAUAGUCAAAAUGUGAUUAUUGUCACCUAUGCAGAUAUUAAACAAUGGUUAGAUACAAGCUUUUCUUAUCUAGUGGAUAAACAUCGUCAGAGUCAAUGUGAACUACAAUUGACACGUCAACGAAAUGCUCGCCAACAACAACAGGAGAUCUCCAAUCCUGGAAGUCAACAAUGACUGGAGUAACCAUAAUUAUGAUUUCGUAAUUUUGGGCCAUACAAUCAUGCUCGGGGGCGAUGCAUAUGACAUUACGUUCGAUAUAUAAUAUCACUUAUAUGUCCGUCUUCCGUUCUUUACACUUGUGAAGCCUUGUGUCUAACAUUUUUCUCUAUUCUUCUAUCUAUCUAUUUACAUGUGUGGUAUCAUUUCUGCAGUAAAUUAGAAUGAUAUAUUUCUUUAUUCUGUCGAAACUCCAGAGUGCUAUUUUUUGUUUCCCAAGGAAAACUUCCUUCUCUACAUCAUCGGUUGUUAGCCCCUGCUCUCUUCACUCCUAUUUCAUCUACUGAAUUCAUCAAUGAAUAUUUGUUUGCGACAAUGCAUGUAGUAUUAAUUUCUUGAAAGAUUGUUCACAUCAUCAUUGCUGUUAUUUCAACUGUUAUUGUAUACUUGUAUGCUGUUGUUUAUCUAGAGUAAAUGACCUGUAUAUUCGUAUAUUGGUAAGAAUGGUAAGACUGGCAAUCGCUAAAUAUCACUCAGACUUUAUUGAGUUUUUAAUGGAACUGAUUUUUUGUUGGUUAGUUGUUGUAUUACAUUGUUACUUUUCUCUCUCUUUGUACCUUUUCUUUUUUAAAAAUUGCUCUGUUUGUAAAUGAAAUCUUCACUUAUCGAUCAUAAAUUAUUCUUGUUUCGCAUUUCUAUUUACUAUUAUUAUUAGUUCUGCUACUGUUUUUUUACAGUUCUCUUUAGUGCAAGAGUAUUUCUAAUAACUUGGACAAAAGCAAUUACAAAACGAUGAUGAUGUAUGUGUACUUAUUGUUUCUAUGUAUGUAUUUUGUCAGUUAUUCUCUUAUCUUGCUAUAUAUGUAUUGAUACAAUAUCAGUCCGUUUCAAUUAUCUCGGCUAUGUUUAUGUUUUUCUGCGAACUGAAUGUAGAACAGACAAAGAGAGAAAGAGAUAUACAUUCGUUCAUUACGAUGAAAUAGUAUUUCCAAUAAAAAAAAGAAAGAAUCAUAAUUUAAAUAGCAGACAAAAGAUGAAAUGCUUCCACUUCUCUUCACUUUUUUCCCGAUUCUUUACUUUUAUACUUUUAUUUUUCACGAAAUUUUUUUCCAGUCUGUCUUAUAUUCCUUUCUGUUUCAAUUCUUUCCUUCGAAAAGACCUGAUUAUUUUUGAAUUGUCAUUACUGUUGUGUAGGUCGGAUGAUAUUUUUGUCUUUUCCUUUUUUUUGUAAAAUUGUAUUUAUCAUCAGUAAAAUAUUUCAUCCUUCAAUUAAAUGUUUAUUUAAUCAUACUGAGUAAAUAUUUAUUCAAUAAACCGGAUUAAAUACCAUAAAAGCGUAUAGAAACUAUGCCGCUGUUCUCUCUUCUGUUACUGUGGGCUUGUUAAUCGGUUGAAAUGAUCUUAUAUUGAUUAUUCUUCUUAUGUCAGGCUUUUAUAACAGUUUUGUUGAUAUUCAUAAUCAAACAUCUCAGAA